CGGCCGCGGCCGCUGCUCCGGCGGUCCGGCGCCCCCUCCCCGGCCCUCCUCUGCUGCUGGUCCGGCGCCCCCUCCCCAACUUGAGCACCAGCGCGCGCCGUCCCCACCCCGACCAGCCGGCCCUCUCUGAAAUAAAUAAAGCGAUGAAGGUAUUGGUGCACGACUCCCAGAUCCUCCUGCUACCGAGGAGAUGAAGUGGCUCAUUGAGCCCACGGGGAAAAACUCCUGGAAAUAUCCUAAUGGUGCCCGUCUUCCAAACGGCAUCAUCACUAUCCUGUUGAAGAAAUAUUGGCCGGGGAUGUUCACUCCGGACCCAGUCAACCACCCGGAGCGCAAGAUUUUGGCCACGUGCUGGGAUCACUACGAAGUAGCCUUCCACCUGGCCUAUGAGACGGCUGCUAAGGCCGUGAUAUCAAACUUUUGGAAAUUCUAUAGAGUUCUUGAGGAGCACAAGGCCAUGGCCGAUGAGUAUGUGCUACGGGCUGCGAGGAAGCAGACCCGUCAGAUACAGUACGAGGUGCACUGGGUGGCCAUCUCACGGUAUUAUCAUGACAAACAUGGCGUGAAGGUGACCAAGGAAGAAGCUAAGGCACAGGACCUUACCUUGGAACGGGAGCAGUACAUGUUGGUGGCUCUUGAUUGGUGCUAUCGCCACCCUGAGGGAUGGGCGGGAUUGGUGGAUAUGUGGGUCGGCGCAGACACAGAGUUUGCUGCCAAGAGCAGCAUAAACAAGGCUAAUCGAGGACAUGACGGAACACACGGUCAGGGAAACCGAAACCACUGGCACACCAAGAAAAUUAAGGAGGAGAAAUUGAAGCGGCCGCUCUCAGACAUCGAGUCCUAGAGGCUCGC